AUGAGUGAAAAGGCUCGUUUGAAGUGUACCAUCUAUGUGGGCGGUCUGGACCAGGCUGUGACGAUGCACACGCUGGCGGAGGCAUUUGUCCCCUUUGGCGAGGUCGUGGACAUCACCCUGCCGAAACCCGACCUGCCCAACUCGAACGAAUCCCACCGCGGCUUUGGAUAUGUGGAGUUCGACCUGCCUGAGGAUGCGAAAGAGGCUAUCGACAACAUGGACGGCAGCGAGCUUUACGGACGUACGAUCAAGGUCGCCGCCGCGAAACCGCAAAGGGAAAGCAAUGAGGGACUGGGCAGCAAGACAGCUAUCUGGGAACAGGAGGGCUACUUGGCCAAAUACGCAGUCAGCGAGGAAGAUAGAUUGGCCACAGAGCAGGCUCAAGCAGGCGCUAACGCAGAGACUGAAGACCCCAUGCAAGGACUGGUAGAGAUGGACGUUGCCGGCCCAAAGCCUGAAUGA